CCCUGCACACCUUGAGACAAAAAGGCUUGCUGCAUACAUAUGACUUGUAUGUGUGUGAUUUUGCACGUCAGUUCUUUCAAUCCUUGGGAGGUAUAGGCACAGCUUUUGUCAGCUCUUUUGCUUUGAUUGAUUGAUUUAUUGUGCAGUUAUUUUCCACAGUGAAAUUGUAACAUUUUACCAUCAUCUGAAGCUCAUCAUGAGUUUUUGUAACAAAGCACAUGGAAGCAGUAAGGUCUGCAACAGGGCUGUGGUGGUGUCUAUAAAAAACUUCCAUCGUGGAGUUGAGUUGGAAAAGCGGUGUGGAGUCAGUAUGGACAACCUGUGGCUCAACAGAUGUCUGAGCGACCUUGGCUUCACAGUGGAGAUGCAUAAUGACCUAACAGCUCAAGAAAUCUACAAACUGUUUAAAGCAGAGAGCAAAAAGACUGUUGACUGCUUCAUUGGCAUUAUUUCGACUCAUGGAGAGGAAGGAGUGGUGUUUGGGUCAGAUGGCAAUCACGUGAGACUCUCUCAGAUAUUUGGUUUCUUUGAUAACCUCACCAUGGUUAAUAAGACAAAGCUUUUUCUUGUGCAGGCAUGUCGAGGCGACAUGUUAGACAGUGGAGUCGAAAUAGAGAUGGACUCAGGCUCCGUUUCAGAUGAAGAUGAUAUUCUCUCAGACUAUCUCUCCAUUCCUAUCAACACAGCUGUCAUGUAUGCAACAGCUCCAGGUUACAGCGCCUUUAAAAAACCAUCAGGCUCAGUCUUCAUCCAGACUCUCUGCGACCUUCUGGAAAAGGACGGAGGUCGUGACCUGGAGAUAACUCGUCUCAUGACGCGGCUGAAUUACCAGAUCGCCUACCACUUCCAGGCAAGUGGAGGGGACCUGGAAGGAAAGAAGGCGAUGCCAUGCUUUGCAACGCGCCUCACUGAAGAGGUGUACCCUUUCAGAGACUCACAGAGGAGCACUGAGGAGCUGAGUGGAAAACUUGCAACCACAGCACUGGUGGAGGGAUCUUGCAAGAUACGCAAGCGCUCUAUCAGCUAAAGCAACAAGCUGAUAAUACUUUGAUUGUUUUGUGUUGCAUUUUCUUUGUCUUCUUUUCAGCUCUUCCCAUGGACCUUUAUGCCUUUCAAUGUCAGUAGAGAAGGUUCUCUAUACUGUAGACAUAGCUGCACAUACAUACAACUUGUCUAAACAUUGUCUGUGAGAAUUUUGGUGAAGAAAAUUUUUGAAGCCUGUGAAA